UGGUGGCAUACAUAACAUUGGAUGCUCGUAGAUCUCUACUUGUCCAAAGACGAAAUGUAGAAGAAAGCUGAAGAUUCUAAUCACCAUUCCUAGUCUGAUUGUUUGUAGCAAUGGCUCGACGAGGGUGGCUGAGUUGGUCUUUGCAAUACCCUCGCGUACUGCUGUUGACUUUCCGAUCGCACCUGCACAACUCGAACAGAGAUUUGGAAUGGGUACUCACGGCAUUGACGUACCCUGCGAAUAUAUUAUUCAGUACCGGACUGAGAUAUGCUGGGCCUGCAUUCGUUUUUGCAGUCAUAGUUCUCAUCACGUGCGUAGUCCUCAACUGGUACCUGUUUCUACUGCCGAUGCUACUUGCGCGAUAUAGUCUUCCCGUGGUACUGCUGCAUAGUGCUGUGGCUCAUUGGUUGUUGAUCAACAUAGCUUUUCACUACUGGAAGGGGUGGACGACUCCUGCUGGCCGACCUACUUACGUGCAAGGUGCGAAUGAAGCAGACCUACGCCAUGACUGGAAAUGGUGCAAGAAGUGCUUGCAGCCGAAACCGCCCCGCACCCACCAUUGUUCCAUUUGUAAAGUGUGCACGCUCAAGAUGGACCACCAUUGUCCUUGGCUGAAUAACUGUGUGGGCCACUACAAUCAUCGUUACUUCUGGAUGUUCUGUGUCUACAUGUGCCUGGGUGUGCUCUACGUGUCCGUGACCAGUUUGCCGAUUGUCUUGGAUGAUUACUACGGAUCAGCAGUUCCAAUAAACCGCUAUCUAGUGGAUUGGAGCCCAGUCACGCUGCCCUUUGGUGCCUGGUUCAAUAACUUCUACAAAUCCUGGCAGGCAUGGAGUAGAAUGUUUAUAUUCCUACUAGCUGCAGGCGUGCUUCUUGUUCUUGGCUCUCUUACAUCAUGGCACUUCUGGAUUAUAAGCCAAGGAACUACUUCCAUUGAACGACACACGAAUCAAAUCGAGGCGAAGCGCCUUGCCCGUCAGCGUCUGUUUUUCAAGAAUCCUUAUGACUUUGGCUUUAACACGAACUGGGCUUUCUUGCUUGGACUGGUGGAAGGCAGGUCUUGGCGACACAUGCUGUUUCCGUCCAGUCAUCUUCCUAUAGGCGAUGGUCAUCACUGGGAUUACUCAGCUUAUCUACAUAGCAGUGGCAAGGGCAACCUGAAGGAACACACCGUGUAGUGUUGAUGCUAGUGCAGUCCGCGCUCCAGCAUCAAUAAUAUUAUAGAGUAGGGGCUUGUUCAAGGCACCCUAUUAUCGUUAUGACUUGUGUGAACUCUUGAAGUUUUCCGAUCAUUCUUAUCUGGCCUGUUUAUACGCAUUUAGAAGAAAGCAAUGCAUGAGAUUACUUCAACGUGUGCUGAGAAUACCCACAAGGAGUUCAUCAUUUUUCUGCAAAAGAUGUUGAGCAUGAAAAGUGAAAUAAAUAUUUAGCCAACAUCUCAACCAUCAUACUUCAAAAUUGCUUUUUGAAUCUCUCCCAUGAAAACUUUACCAUGUAGACUAUGUCUGUCAGGUUUGAGACCAUCAUGAUCACAACUUGCCAGUCUUCUCCCCAGAAAGUAGUCUCUGGUUAUAACUGAAGCUUGCAUACUCCAUAGAAUUGCCCUGGCAUAGUGAUGUGCAUUUUUUUCUAAUGAAACUUCUCUGCUGUAAAUCCUGACAGGUUUGAGACAAUGAACAACACUUGCCAGGAUUUGAUUGUUACUUUGAUGUAUGAGCUUUGGCAUGCCUCAUGCUAAAGUAGCUAACAUGUUACUGUACCGUAUGUCCUUUCCUUGCUGAACCUUUUCUUUGUCUCCGUCUAGGCUUCUAAUUUUUCUUUAUUUUCACGCGAUUGUGCACUAGUUUUCUCUUGUACCUUUUUGCUUUUCCAGGAAGCUGUGACGCUCCUUUUGUCCUAUACUGGUAUUCCCAAUGGAAUUCACUCACUUCCACUGAACUGGGAAGAGUGUACCCUACUCAAUAGGGAUCUGUACGAAAUGUUCA